AUGUCACAGAAAGGUUCAACCACAUUAAGUCGCUUUCUCAUUUUCAUUCUCAACGUCUAUGGACUGUUCCCGAAAUCGAAUGGCCCCGCAAAGCUCUACUGGAUAUACUCAUACGUUUUUCAUUUUUUCAUUUCGCUAGUCUUCGUUGGCUUUGCUCUCGCAUAUAUUGCCAUCAAUAUAAGUGACAUUGAAAAAACCACCGACGCCCUGUACACGACAUUGACGAUAUUGGCCUAUUUAUUUAAGAUCUUCAACUAUUACUAUUACAAGGAGCAAAUUGUUAACUUUGUACCAAAGUUGUACAAAUUACAGGACGAAAAUAGUCCUGAGGAAGUCGAACUGUCGAAUGUGUUGGAACGAGAUGUUAGCCGUCUGUCGUAUUCAUUUUUAUUCGCUGGACAUCUUGCUAUCGGAACGUCAUGCUUCAAAGCGUUCAGUAAAACGAAUCCAGAGAUGCCGUUGGUGUGUUGGUAUCCAGUCGAUUGGCAAAACGAUAGAACAUCAUUUUGGAUUGUUUAUCCGUAUUCGGUCUUUUGUGCCUUUGCCAUUAUGCACAUCAAUAUAACGCUUGACUGUUUCUCAUAUUAUUUGAUGGAUACAAUAGCUACGCAUCUUGUCAUAAUUGGAAGACGAGUCGAACAACUUGGCCAAAAUGUGAAGCAUGAUGAUGAGAUUGAACAACAGAAGUUCAUAGUCUGUGUAAAAAAGCAUCAACAUUUAAUGGAUUUGGUUGUCGAAAUGGAAAAUUUUUUAUCGAUCCAAUUCUUUGCUCAAAUAUGCUUAAGUGCAACGGUCUUUUGCAGUGGUGUAUACCAAAUGACUAGUAUGUCGAUAUCCGAACAUUUACUCCAAUUUCUAUUCUGUUUCCUCUUCAUGACAUGCAUUGCAAUUGAAGUCUUCUCGUACACAUUCUUCGGCAACCGAAUAUUAACCGCUACGAAUACUUUAACAAAUUACACUUACUCGUCCAUUUGGUAUGAAAUGCCGGUAAGGUAUCAAAGGCAUGUGAUGCUAUUCAUGGAACGAUUAAAGAGGAACACCGUGCUUACAGCCGGAAAAUUGUUUCCACUGAACUUGGCACUGUUUACAACGUGGGGGCUUACAAAUAAUGUUUCAUCUUCCUUGCCUGCAUCCUAA